CCUAGACGCUCUAAUAUCAUUAAGUUGUGAACAACAAAUGUAGAAGUUUAAAAGAAAAUAAGUUUUGUAAAAUGUUUUGUUUAAAAAUAUCAGUGUUCUUUUUACUAUUGACAAGACUAAUAUUUCAAAUAGAAUCAACUUCAACGGAUAUUAACGGUGGAGAAAAACAAUGCUAUAUUCAAGACACAUGUGAAGGAUGCCUUGGUACAAAUUACAACUGUGCUUGGUGUACGGAUAAGAUGUAUGAAAUUUUUCCGAGAUGCCUGACCCGUAAUGAACUUAUACAAAAUAAUUGUUCACUUGAAAAUAUUUGGGAGAAUAAACAAGAAAUUGACGUCAUCAGCGAUGAAGAGCUGCAAGAUUUUCAAAAUGAAACCAAUCGUGCGAUACAAAUGAAACCUCAAAAAAUUCGCCUUAAAUUAGUAAAAUCCCAAACACAACAACUUAAACUCACAUAUCGUCCUGCCUUGAACAAUCCGCUCGACCUAUACUAUCUUAUGGACCUAACCUGGACAAUGCGCGAUGAUAAGAAAACUUUAGUCAAAUUAGGUGCAAAAUUAUCACAAGCAUUACAAAACCUAACAGGCAAUUAUCGAAUUGGUUUCGGAAGUUUUGCUGACAAACCAAUAAUGCCAAUGAUCAUGCCUCAUGCUAAAGAAAACCCUUGUGCAGCAGAAGGACACACUUGCGAACCAACUUAUAGUUUCAGACAUCAUCUUCCGUUAACUGACGAUGUUGAUAAAUUUGUGAAAUCCGUUAAGAAAAGUCGUGUAACUGGUAACCUGGAUAAUUUAGAAGGUGGCCUCGACGCUCUUAUGCAAGUUAUUGUUUGCCCAGAUAAAAUAGGCUGGAAAGAAGAAGCUAGGAAGAUUGUUGUACUUGCCACAGACGGAUUUAUGCAUUUUGCUGGCGAUGGAAUUUUAGCUGGAAUCAAUUUACAAAAUGAUAGAAAAUGUCACUUAGAUGAACUCGGAGAAUAUACUGAAAGCUUGGUUUUUGACUAUCCAUCUCUGGAGGAAACUUACAGAGAGUUAGGCAGAAGGAAAAUAAGUGUAAUAUUUGCCGUUACUGAAAAUGUUGUACAGACUUAUCAGCAAAUGAGCAAUCUAAUGGAUGGAAUUAGUAAUGUAGAGAAGCUAAGCUUAGACUCGUCUAAUAUUUUAGAGCUUAUAAGAACAAGCUAUGAAACAUUUCUUAAAAGGGUUAAGUUCAUUGAUAACAGUCCAACAUUCAUUGAAAUAAUGUACGAAACAAAUUGUGGAGGCCAACUUGAAAACUUAAAAAAACGUAACUAUUGCACUGAUUUGAAAAUGGGAAAGGAAGUUGAGUUUUAUAUUAAUAUUACUCUAAAGGAUUUUCCUUCCGAUGGAAAUUAUAAAAGGACAAUUCGCAUUGAAGACCCUGGGUUGUCUGAGCAUUUGCAGUUGGAAAUCGAAAUUCAAAAACCAUGUCCUUGUGAUGAGGAAGAAGUCGAUAGUGAAUUAGAGCGUCAAUUGUGCACGGAAAAUGGAGUUUUUCACUGUGGAAAAUGUAAAUGUAACGAAGGAUGGGGUGGAGCACUUUGCAAUUGUGACUUAAGCACCACCAAUUCAACUGUAUCCAUUGAAGACGAAUGCCGACAACCGUUCAAGAACCCUGUUCAACUAGGCAGAAUUUGCUCGGAAAGAGGUGAAUGUGACUGUGGGAAAUGUUACUGCUUCCCCGGUUACACCGGAAAUUACUGUGAGUGCCUUGAAUGCUUGAAUUGCGAUCCGGAGAUAGCAGAUUGCUUCUGUGGUAAAUGUGUUUGCAAAUAUGGUUGGUCGGGAAAUCGUUGUAACUGCAAAGCCGAAGUCGAUGACAAAUGCAAGACUCCCACUGGUGAAAUUUGCUCGGAAAGAGGUGAAUGUCAAUGUGGUAAAUGCCUGUGCAAAGAUCCGUUUGUUGGAACAUUUUGUGAAAUCGGAUGGGAAAAUGAGAAUAAGCUUUGUCAAUAUUACGAGCCUUGUGUUAAAUGCAUAAUACUUCAAAAACUGGGUACAUACGUUUGUGAAAAUGUAACCGAUAUAUGCUCCAACUCGGAUAAGCAACAGUUUCAAUACUCAUUAGUUACCGAACUUAACGAUGACGUAGCCCGCUGUGUGAUUCGGUUGAUUAAUAAUGACGAUGUUAAAUGUGACCAUAUAUUUUCGUAUUAUAGGCCAGAUUCUUCAAACAACUAUCUUACAAUCCAAGUUAACGAUUGUACUCCCGUAAAUCCCUUGGUUAUGGGUGGAUUCAUUUCAUUGUUCACAUUUCUGCUGGGAUUGAUAGUACUUAUCAUAUAUAUCUGUUGCAUGCGAGCAGCAGAUGCAAGAGAGUAUGCUAAGUUCUUAGAGGAAAGGACGCACUCAACGUUGCUCGAAAGCCCUCUUUAUGAAAAUCCUAUUCGAGAAUAUCUAGUUCCACAACUGGAAGAGGAUGACAUGACUAUUUGAUGUGAUUUGAUCAAAAAUGUAUGCAUGGCUAUUUCAUAAGAAAAAAUCAAUAGGAUCCUUAAAGUCUUCUAACAAUAAUAUUAAUAAAACAAUAUUGUAUUUAUAUUUUUUACAACCGCAAAAACUUCAAAUAGUUUUAGGGGGCAUUCAAAUGUCACCUUCAAAUUUAAUAAUAUUGCAAAUAAAACUUAUAGUACUUUCAUCGUGGAGAAUAUAAGACCGAUAGUAAUAAACAUUUGCUUAGUA